AUGAACAGUAUUUUCAUUACAAGUGGGAUCACCAAGACGUUUAGUGAAUUAAUUGAGGUUGUGUUGGAUCCUCUUUUUCUCAAAUUUCUUGCAUUGAAUAACUACGAUCAAAUGUAUUUCCAGUAUGGCAAUGAAUUGGUCAAGGAUAGGAACCAGAGUAAGGUUAUAUUUAUGGAGUACUUGGAGAGACUAUACAAGCUAAUUGAGAUGGAUAGCGAGAUCAGCGUUAUAAGCGCCGAUAUUUAUGGUCAAUUUGAAUUGCAAAUGAAUUGCUAUUCGAUUUCAACUAUAAACUACUUGAAUGAUAUUAAGGUGUCUAAUUUCAUAAUAACACAUUCAGGAACAGGCACAAUACUAGACAUAUUCAAUAUAAAAUACAACAGUGAUAAUGAAGAUGAAGAUGAAAAUAACUGCAGUUCAAAUAAUAGUGCGAAUAAUGGCUACAGCAACUACAAACUCUUGUCAAUCAUAAACAGCAACUUGAUGGACAACCACCAGCUAGACAUCUCGAAGGAAUUCAAAGCAGCCAACUAU